AGGAGAGUCUCUAGAUGGGCUCCUGCCCUUUUGUCCACACGCUGGUUAGGACAGCUGAGACCGCGUUUUUCCUUUCCUUAAAAGCCCCCUUGGUGCUUCCAGCUACUUACAAGUGGGAUUAUGUCACUUUUUAAAUUGCGGAAUUCUGAGCAAACAGCUGAGCGGCCAAAGCCCCGCCCCCAGGCGAGGAACCGCUCUCCCAAGGGCACAGACGGCUGAGCCCCAGGAGUACUGGCGCAAUUGGGUGGGGCGAGGGAGGUUCUUGGUUGGAGGAGGGAAUGCUGAGAACCGCACUACUGGGAUAAGGCCUAGGAGGAGGGCCUUUGGCUUUAUUGGGUCAGGGGGUAAGAGGAGACUGUCUCGAACUCUACCUGCAGCCAUUAUUUGUCUUGUGGCUCAUAACAUUGGGAAGAAUAUGGCUGAACAUAUACUUGCUCUUGGCUCCAUUUCUCAGCUUUUUCAGGGAACCAACAAAUUCCUCCAGGCUCCCUCUUUGAUGCUACCCACUGGACCUGCUUUGGGGCUUGUAAAUGUAAGAGAACUGAAUGUUGGAUAAUUAAUGAUGGAAGAAAAAACCUCCAGGAGAAAAGCAUCCAUACCCCAGUUCACCAAUUCCCCCACGAUGGUGAUCAUGGUGGGUUUACCAGCUCGAGGCAAGACUUAUAUCUCCACGAAGCUCACAAGAUAUCUAAACUGGAUAGGAACACCAACUAAAGUGUUUAAUUUAGGCCAAUAUCGACGAGAAGCAGUGAGCUACAAGAACUAUGAAUUCUUUCUCCCAGACAAUAUGGAAGCCCUACUUAUCAGAAAGCAGUGUUCCCUGGCAGCCUUGAAGGAUGUUCACAACUAUCUCAGCCAUGAGGAAGGUCAUGUUGCGGUUUUUGAUGCCACCAACACUACCAGAGAACGACGGUCAGUGAUUUUGCAGUUUGCCAAAGAACAUGCUUACAAGGUCUUUUUCAUCGAGUCCAUUUGUAAUGACCCUGGUGUCAUUGCAGAAAACAUUAAGCAAGUGAAACUUGGCAGCCCUGAUUACAUAGGCUGUGACCAGGAAAAGGUUCUGGAAGACUUUCUAAAGAGAAUUGAAUGCUAUGAGGUCAACUACCAACCUUUGGAUGAUGAACUAGACAGCCACCUGUCCUACAUUAAGAUCUUCGACGUGGGAACACGCUACUUGGUGAACCGAGUACAGGACCAUAUCCAAAGCCGUACAGUCUACUACCUCAUGAACAUCCACGUCACACCCCGCUCCAUCUACCUAUGCCGGCACGGCGAGAGUGAGCUCAACCUCAGAGGCCGCAUCGGAGGCGAUUCUGGCCUCUCAGCUCGGGGCAAGCAGUAUGCCUAUGCCCUGGCCAACUUCAUUCAGUCUCAAGGCAUCAGCUCCCUGAAGGUCUGGACCAGCCACAUGAAGAGAACCAUCCAGACAGCUGAGGCUCUGGGUGUCCCCUAUGAACAGUGGAAGGCCCUGAACGAAAUUGAUGCGGGCGUCUGUGAAGAGAUGACCUAUGAAGAAAUACAAGAACACUACCCUGAAGAAUUUGCACUGCGAGACCAAGAUAAAUAUCGCUACCGAUACCCUAAAGGAGAGUCCUAUGAGGAUCUAGUUCAGCGUCUGGAACCAGUUAUAAUGGAGCUAGAACGGCAGGAGAAUGUACUGGUGAUCUGCCACCAGGCUGUCAUGCGGUGCCUCCUGGCCUACUUUCUGGAUAAAAGUUCAGAUGACCUUCCCUAUCUCAAGUGCCCUCUGCACACAGUGCUCAAACUCACUCCUGUCGCUCAUGGCUGCAAAGUGGAGCCCAUCUACCUGAAUGUGGAGGCUGUGAACACGCAUCGGGAGAAGCCUGAGAAUGUGGACAUCACCCGCGAACCUGAGGAAGCCCUGGACACUGUCCCUGCCCAUUAUUGAGAUUUUUGUAAGAAGUUAAACUGCUUGUGGCCUCAUUGCCUUACAUGCUUAGGAACUACUAUCCUUGCUCUUCUAUCCUGAGAAGACUCUGGCCUGGCCUCACUGGUAUAGCCCUGUUUCUAGUGAAGAAGUCCUCAGCAGCUCUAAAACAAGUCUCAAUUUCUGGCCACAAACCAAUGAACUGUCUAGCUCUGGAUGAAGUCUUCCUUAAUUUCACAUUUUCUUUUUUUUUUUUUUUUUAAGGAAUAUAAAACUAUUGACCACUGUUCACUAUUAUUUACAAUAAAAGUAAACAAUAUACAAUUAGAUGACAUUCUAAUUAUUAUGACUUUUUUUAUGGCUUCUGCUCAACCAGUAACCCAAAUACUAAAAAUUUUGAGUCUACAUGUAAGGAAUGAGUUGCUGUAAGGAAAAAACAUGCACGUCAAUAGUUUUAGAUUACAGAGUUUGUUCACAUUUUCUGGUCAAUAAAGACUAC